CGAGACCGGAGGAGAGAGAAACGAGACCGGAGGAGAGAGAAACGAGACCGGAGGAGAGAGAAACGAGACAGGAAAAAUACAGGAAGAAUCUACUGUGGCACCCAUGAGGCCCAGCCAGUCUGAUGAUGAUGAUGAUGAAGCAAGGGACAGCCCUAACGGUCGCUCGCUCAGUGGGAGGGGCUUAUCAUCUGGGAAGGCUCCAGGGUUGAAAGUGAUCCAGCGCCCUUAUAGCUGUGACGUGUGUGAGAAAAGUUUCCCUCAUUUAGGAGACCUAAAGAGACACCAGAGAAUACACACAGGAGAGAAACUAUAUGGCUGUAAUCAAUGUGGGAAGUGUUUCUGUACAUCAGGACAACUGACUAUACAUAAGCGAACACACACAGGAGCGAAACCUUAUAACUGUGAUCAAUGUGGGAAGAGUUUUGCUCGAACUGAUUACCUGACUGAACACAAGCUAACACACACUGGAGAGAAGCCUCAUAGUUGUGAUAUAUGUGGAAAGGGCUUCACUCGGCCUAACUGCUUGGCUGCACACAAGCUAACACACACAGGAGAGAAGCCCUACCUCUGCUCAGACUGUGGGAAGAGCUUCUAUACACCAGCAAAGUUGAAAGAGCACGAGCGAUCACACACAGGAGAGAACCCUUACAGGUGUGGUCUGUGUGGGAAGAUCUUUGCUUGUUUGGGAUCCCUAACUAAACACAAGCGUAUACACACAGGAGAGAAACCUUACAGGUGCGGUCUGUGUGGGAAGAGCUUUGCUUGUUCGGGAUCCCUGACUAAACACCAGCGUGUACACACUGGAGAGAAACCUUACAGUUGUGAUCAUUGUGGGAAGAGCUUUGCUCGAUUGGGAGCCCUGACUAUUCACAAGCGUGUACACACUGGAGAGAAAUCUUACAGCUGUGAUCAAUGUGGGAGGAGCUGCAAAGAUACCACAGCCCUGAAUGAACACAUGCGUACACACACGGGAGAGAAACCCUUUGGCUGCUACGUCUGUGGAAUGAGCUUUUCUCGACAAAGCACCCUGAAUGUACACAUGCGUACACACACAGGAGAGAAGCCUUACAUCUGUGAUCAAUGUGGGAAGAGAUACGCUCAUCCAGGUGAUUUGAAAAUACACAGAAGAGUACACACCGGAGAGAAACCAUACAGCUGUGACCAGUGUGGGAAGAGCUUCACUCAGUCAACAAACCUGACUAAGCACAGACGCAUUCACUCUGGAGAGAUGCCCUAAAGCUGUGAUAUAUGUGGGAUUAACUUCACUCAGUCAUGCUCUCUGGCAAGACACAAUAGUAGGAGUCACACAGGAGAGAAGCUGUACAGCUGUGAUGUAUGUGCGAUGAACUUCGCUUAUUAGUGUCUUAUUUCAUGGGCUCAUAUUGUCAAUUAAAUAAUGUAGAAUAUUGUAGCAAUGUUAUAAUAAGAGUUCAUGUUUUAAUUCAAUUUAAUUCAAAUUGAAUGCAUAUAUUAAUACAUACCACGUUAUUUUGCUUUUAGUAAGAUUAAAUACAAAGCUCCUAUGAACUUUGGCAUUCCUUAUUCUUCAGAGAACAACAAAAAAAUGCAGCAAGUUUUACCAGAAGUAAGAUUAGUUACAGGAAGCAUCAUCCAUGUAGACACAAUAGUUUUUAUCUCCUAUUGAGGAAGACUAAUGACCGGGCUGCUGCACAGUCACUAUGGGAG